AAUCGAACGGUGAUGAUCAUAGGUUGUACGAACAGCACAAGAUCACUGUAUGUACCUAAUCUUCAACUUUGAAACGGCAAUGAUGCAGCAGUUUUGCUCCCACUCCUGCUGCUGUUUCUUAGUGACUCCAGCUCCAGCACCAGCACCAGCACCCUGAAACUUCUCCCCUCAAGCAAACAAGAACCAACGUCGAUCGAAUCAAUGAUUUUCAAAUGAAAUUCCUUAAACCCUAACAAAGCAUAUUAGAAAUGAUAAAUGGUUUUGAUUAUGAUGCAGCCGCAGCAGACCACCUCUGCACUGGCGUCACACCCCAACCCUUCCCCCUCCACCACCAUCACCUCCGCCACCACUACUCCCUCUCUUAGAUCACCUACUCCCACCCAAUCUCAGCUCCCGUCCCCUCUAUCCCUUGCCCCACUGUCCGCUCACCGUCCGACUGAUCAUGCAAUUGGGCCGGUGCCGCCGAUCGCGGCCGAGCCAGCGCUGACGAUGGCCUGCCCGUUGGCCAGGGUGCGCCUAUCUGAUAUAAUUCCCCACGAUGGGGCUCCUGGCGGGGCCUAUCUGAAGGUCGUGGAAGCUCUUUCAGGGUCGCUGAUGAGGCACAAUGCGGCGGUGAUCGAGAUGGGAACUGAGGAUGCUGCGCUGAUGAGGUGCGGUCUCGAGGCUGCUCGACUGUAUUUCAGGAGUAGAGCUCAAGGAGUUGGAAAGGGAAGUCGGGGGGUUUACAUGUAUAGGGCAGGCAGGUCUUUGGAAGAUUGGGACUCAUCUCCCCCAUGCAUGGCUGAAAUUUUUAGGUGCAUGGGAAAGGCAGCUAGGGCUGCUCUGUGUGCAAUAGCUAGGCAUCUUCGUCUACGGAGCGAUGUUUUUAACCAUAUGCUUGACGACACCCCUUUGCCUGCUAAUGAGGUUUCCUCGUCAAUACUUGUUGCUGCCUGCUCUGUUGUGUCAUUGCAAAGUGGAAAAGGGGCCAUUGGGGGAGGGAAGGCAUCAGUUAAUGGUGAAGUCGAAAAGGGCUUGUUGACGUUGAUAUCUUCAGACAGUCCUGGUCUGCAGGUUUGUGAUCCCAAUGGUCGCUGGUACCUAGCAGAUAGUGGGUGUGCACCAGGAGAUCUAUUACUCAUUACAGGCAAGGCACUUAGCCAUGCUACUGCUGGCCUUCGUCCCGCUGCUUCAUGUAGAGCUGCUCCCGAUUGCUCUUCAGGCACCAAUAGCUGUGGGAGGACGUCACUUGCAUUCAAGCUUAUGCCACAGGGCAAUGCUAUCUUAGAUUGUUCCCCAAUUGCUGCCGCUGGUCAUAUCAUUCCUCAGAGCUAUGUACCUAUAUCUGUUAGCCAGUUUAUGGAUGACCUUUCUGCUGAGGAGGAUAUAACCUACAAUCGAUGUGAUAAUACUUAUGUCUCUCGAGACAGUUUGAAUAAGGAACCUUCAUUAAGAAGUGUUCUCUCAGAUCCCUUAUCUGGUACAUUCCUUGAAGAUGCAAUGGUCGUUUCAUGUGGACAUUCAUUUGGUGGUCUCAUGCUAAGAAGAGUCAUUGAUACGUCUAGGUGUACCCUUUGCAGUGCAGAAAUUCAGACUGGGUUAUUGAUCCCUAAUCUUGCUCUUAGAGCAGCAGCUGCAGCUGUAAAGCAUGAAGACGAUCGAAGGCUAUUCCACAAUGCUACUCUUCGUAAGCGUCGCAAAGAAAUGGGCGACCAAACAGAUUCGAUUAGAAGAACGAGCGGGGAAAAUGGGGAUCAUGCUCCUGAUGAUGGGUUGCAGAGAGGGGUGCAGUAUCCUUUUUCUGUAAAUGAGAAGGUGUUAAUUAAGGGAAAUAGGAGGACGCCAGAAAAAUUUGUUGGUAAGGAAGCAAUCAUCACAUCCCAAUGCCUCAAUGGCUGGUAUUUACUUAAGAUUGUGGGCAGUGGUGAGAAUGUUCGUUUGCAAUAUCGUUCCCUUAGCAAGAUAUCAAACUCUCAGACGACUGAACACAGAUGUUCGACACAAACACUUCAGAAUAGCAACUCAUAAAUUCCGAUUUCUCUUUAACAGUUAUCAAAUCCACAGAGCAUAAGCAGAGAUGUACCACUAGGACCUUGUCUUGUUAGCUACGACAAGGAAUAUCAUAUGAGUUUCAAGUAACAAAGCUGUUUAAUCUGUUAUAUUGUAGUUGUAGGUGAUUGAGCCCUAGAGUUGUUGUUGUAAAGUAAGAAGGAAAUGAAUUUUGAGGACAAUAGGCCCCUGUUUUGCUGUAUGAUGAGGGCACGUAACUGCUGUGACCAGUGUUGUCAAUCCAGAUAUUUUCGUCUC